AUGCUGCUAUCUUGAACCAGGGCACAUUUGAAGACUAUUCUGCUAGGCUCAGACUGAGCAUGGACCCGCCCUAUCGCUGAAAUUUUCGACUGCAAGCCAAAUGCCUCUGUUUGGACGUGGCUCCAAGCUUGGCGAACAAGAUAGAUGGCUAGUUAUAAAGAAGCUAGGAGAGGGCCAGUUUGCGGAGGUCUAUGAAGUCCGGGACAACAACUCGGUGGAGGACAAGCGGUAUGCUCUGAAAAUCGAGCGGCGACGGGAUGUGCGGAGCGUCAAGCAGGAAUUUAAGGUCGUGAAAAAAAUCCAGGAGCGGAACCCAACGCUGGUGUGCCCCGUACAUGCGUGCGGCACGUUUGAGGACCGCUUCUUUAUGAUCAUGGAGCUGCUGGGUAACAACGUGGCUGAGGCGCGCAAGGCGGCGGGAGGCCGCUUCGACCUGCCCACCUGCCGGCGCAUCGCGACCAGCAUGCUGCAGGGCCUGGAGGAGGUGCACGCCGCGGGCUUCGUGCACCGCGACGUCAAGCCGGCCAACUUCGCAGUGGGGCCGCCCUUCGCCGACCCGCUUACAGGCACGUGGAAGGUGAUUGACUUUGGUCUGGCCCGUCGCUACCUGGACGACGUGGGCGAGGUGCUGCCGGAGCGCACCGACACCAGCUUCAAGGGCUCCACCACCUACGCCUCCGUGAACGCGCACGCCGAGGCGGACCUGGGCCGCCGCGACGACCUGUGGUCCUGGCUGUACUGCACCAUAGAGCUGCUGGAGGGCACGCUGCCCUGGCGCGCUGACCCGGGCAAGGACGCGGACAGCCGCGAGGGCGUGCUGCGGCUCAAACAGGCCUGCAUCGCAGACCCAGCCAAGUACCUGCGGCCCGGACCCAGCGGCGCGCCAGAGCCGGCGCUGCUGGGCCCCGUGUCCCAGCUGAGUCACUACAUCGCCAGCCUGGGCUUCGCCGACACCCCCGACUACCCAGCCAUGACCGCCUGCCUGGCCGCGCUGCCAGACCACCUGCCAGGGUACGCGCCGCCGCCCGUGCCAGGGCUGGGGCCGGGCUCGGCGGCGCUCGCGGCAGCCACGGCGGCGGCAAGUGCGGCGGCGGCCGGCGGCACCUGGGGCGCGCACGCGCAGGCGGACCACGGGUACGGGCAGUACUACCAGCAGUACUACGCGCAGCAACAGCAGCAGCAGCAGCAACAAGGCUACUGGCAGCACCAACAGCAACAGCAGCAGCAGCAGACACAACGCGGCGGCUGGGGCGACCCGGCGGGCGGCAUGCAACAACACCAACAACACCACCGCUACCCGCAGCCGCCGGACCCGGGCCGCUCGCCCGCGCCCGGCGCACCGCCCGCCGACCCGAACACCACCUCCCCACCUGACCUUGACAUGAGUGGCGGGGCGCAGCCGCCGGCGCCGCCCCUGCCGCCGCCGGUGCCGCACGGGGCGCCGCCGCCUCAGCCGGCGGCGCCGGCGCUGCCCGACGUGGCGCCGGAGGUGGCGGAGGCCAUGCUGGCGGAGGCGUUGGCGGAGCGCAGCGGCGGCCUAAGCGACAGCUGUCGGGAGGCGGCGCAGGUGGCGGAGGUGGCGGAGUAUGUGGCCCUAGUGAAGCAGGGCCACGUGUCGGACGAGGCGCACGACGCCGCCGGCCGCCUGCUGGCGCUGGAGCCGCUGGAAGCGCUGGCCACCAUCAGCUACUGCCUGGACGCACUGGCGCAGCACACACAGCCCGACAGCGCAGCUACAGCCGCAGUGGCGCUGUCGGCACUGGGCGCAUACGCGCGCGACUCGGCGCGCCGCGCCAUGACCAAGUACUGUCGGGCGGUGGCCGCGCAGCACGCGCCGCGGAAAGCCCUCUAGCUAAGGGGGGCCUGGGCCUGCUUGCGGCCACACCGAGCAGUGCAGCGCGCUUGCAGGCGCCGGCUGGCGACCCUGGUAGGCGCUGCAGCGAGCGGCGCGCAUGUCCGAGUGGACGGCUGAGUCGCUGCCAGCUGCGGACGGAUUAGUCGGCUGUGACCUUGACGUGGACGAAUGCCUUUGUGCGUGGACUGAAUACCUACUUCCAACGGUAUUGAGUGGCGUCGUCGUAGAGUUUAGAGUUUAGGGUGGGGUGGCCGUGAGAAGCAACGGCGUGCUCAGGAAUGGUGCGAGCAUAAGACGCGAGCGGUAAGGGGCUGUUGUACUGGCGGGUAUUGGAGGAGUUUGGCGGACGCGAGCGUACCGCUCUUGUCUCCUCCGGCGCUUGCGACUCGAUAUGGCAGUGCGGCGACUGGACGCACGCAUUGCAGACUGAUGCAGGCCGGCGCGGCACCAACGGUGUGGUCUGUGUAAGUCACAGCCAGC